AUGUGGCAAACUAUCAGAAGACCAACCUUACGGGAACGAUCAAAAUCGUACAUAACAACAGCGCUGUAUGUUGCAUUCUUUGUGUUUUGGAUUGUUGGCGCGUUUUACUUCAAAUUCAAUGACUAUAAUACAGUCGGAUCCUCAAAAGUGAGGGAUCAGGUCAUUGCCAACUACACAAAAAUUCUCUACGAAAACCAGCAGGUGAGUCAGUUUUAUCAAGGAGGUAUCCUCUCUCAGAGAAGUUAA